AUGCGAGUUGAAGACAUGAUCCCCAUCAAUGAUUCUAUGCCUGAAGAACAGCUUAUGGCAAUCAUGAUCUUGAAGGAGAGUUUUGAUGAGAAAGCAGGCUGGAAGAAGUUAAGGCUCUGCGUGAUGAGAAUUUGCCAUGACAGCAUUUACAGGAGGUGCAUUGCUGAAGAGGAUGUGCAAGGAGUUCUAGAGCAUUGCCAUGGGUCAGUUUAUGGAGGUCACUUUGCUACAUUCAAAACAGCAACUAAGAGAGGACCAGACAGCAUUUACAGGAGGUGCAUUGCUGAAGAGGAUGUGCAAGGAGUUCUAGAGCAUUGCCAUGGGUCAGUUUAUGGAGGUCACUUUGCUACAUUCAAAACAGCAACUAAGGUUUUGCAAUCGGGUUUAUGGUGGCCUACUUUGUUUAAGGAUGCAGCAGACUACAUUGCCAAGUGUGAUCCGUGCCAAAGGAAAGGAGGGAUCACCAAGACGGACGAGAUGCCACUAAACCCAAUUCUACCUGUACAAGAGAGGACCAGACAGCAUUUACAGGAGAUGCAUUGCUGA